CGCUGGUGAGAUAUGCUGCGUCGGGAGCUCCAGUCUAUGUGAUCAUGUGAAGAAGAUUGCGUGGAACAGAAGCCGUUUGCUCUAAACUGGUAUUCUUCUUUCAGUUAAAAAAAAAAAAUGUAACGUGGGACCAAUAGAGCCUGCCCAUAGCAUUAGUCUCGUUAAGUCUGAUCCAAGUUCUAAAAUUAAUGCCCGAUAUGCGUGAAAAGUGUCGGCUGAUGCUUUGUUAAAAAUUUUAACUAACCAGUUAUAAUAGGCUCAAAUUCAAAGUGACUAAUUAUUUUUCGUGAAAAAUGAUCAAAUUGCUUUGCUGUGAAGUUCAAACUUUAAAAUUUGUUUCUCAGUAGCAAAAUUUUUUUUACUCGACUACGUGUAAAGGUUCAACAUUAAUGUACAAAUGUCAAUGAUUUGCUGUUCUCCUUGGACUUGGUUCUUAAAAUAUAGCUUAGUUUUUAAUCAUAAUAAAAUCCAUUAGAAAGAUUGGAAUUGAAGACCAUUUUAUGAACUUGGUAAAUACCGUAAGAUUUAUCAAAAAGGCUGAGAAAGAAAUAACUAAUUUUUACAUCUUUUACCGAUUUUUACGCGCAAUAAUCAAUGAAGAGAGAUCCCAGCUCUAUUCAUUACAGUAUAGGAUGAAAGGCUCAUGACAGUAACCUGAGUAGGACUUGCUUAGAUUCGACUUCUCCAAGAUGGCCCCCGGCAGUGCAACGUACCACACCAUGGAGGAGGAGAAGAAUGGUGAUGUGUCUCCUAUCACGUUGUGCUCCAUGAGACGAUCUGUAUCACUGCUCCUUAUCUAUAUUCCUUUAUAUUUUGCCUACGUCGCAGGCGCUGCUCUAAUCUUCAUGGUGACAGAAGGAGCUAUUGAAGAUGCGUACAGAAAGCGUCUCGUAGAAAAGCGUGAGGCGUUUCUGUCUGAAAAUUAUUGUGUCUCAGACGAAGCGCUUGAAGAAUUUAUUGAAGAAUUAGCGAGCGCGAGUCGCCGGGGAGUGUCAGCAGCACGCAACGCGUCUGGCGACAGAAACUGGUCGUUUGGGCAGAGCUUUUUCUUCUCCUCCACAAUUGUUACCACCAUUGGCUACGGGCAUGUGCACCCUUUGUCAGAAGGGGGCAAAGUGUUCUGCAUUGCGUUUGCCUUAAUGGGCAUACCAAUGACAUUCAUUCUCCUCACCGCGCUAGUGGAUCAAAUUGUCCGCCCCAUUAUUUGGUGCCUGCGUCGCCUUGAGAUUCUGCUUCGACAACGGCAGAAGCCACUCAACAUACAGAUGAUACAUUUUGCCUUGAUUUCGUCGGUGUUCUUCGUGCUGUUCCUCAUAAUCCCGGCUGCCAUAUUCAGCAGCAUUGAAAAAGAUUGGACAUUUCUCGACGGCUUCUACUACUGCUUCAUAUCCCUCACGACCAUCGGCCUGGGCGACUACAUCCCUGGCGACAGCCUCGACCAGCCACUGCGGCCUCUCUACAAAAUUGCCAUUGCAGCGUAUCUCUUGUUGGGCUUGGCGUCAGUGUUGACCGUAGUUCGUCUCUACAACGACAUUCCAGAACUAAACUUGGGCUACUACUUGCGCCCUCACGCUGACUUCCCUGGUCCUGAGCAGACGCGCUUAGUGCCAAACGUUGCUGACUCGGGGCUGCAGAGAUGACCUCUGUCAAUACUAUGAAGCGGGUCUAGAUUACUCUCGAGUGCAAUCUUUGCGAUCAUCAGGUCAUAGAUUAUAAGAUAACACCUGGGUCUAUUUCACCCACUAGUGCCAUCCAUAUGAUCACCAAGUCAUUCAUAUUUUUUACGCGUUUUUAAUUUAUAACUGGGAGGAAUAUUUCAUUAUUCGUUAAUUUGUACUACUUGCAACUUUACAAAGUUGAAAAUAGUUAUUCGUGUAUUGUGAGAUCUUUUCAAACAGAAGCCAGAAUAUCAUGGCAACUGUCGCUGCCUCUCGUAAGCAGACAGUUCAAUGCACGGACUUCAUCGAGCUGAGAUAUCGUAACGCUUGUGACGUGCAUAAGCUUGCCAGUGACAUGUGCGUUGUUGCAAAGAGAGUUCACACCCAAACUGAACUUCCGCAUUUCCCGAGAGAGAAUUUCAACAGGUUGCGCUAAUUAAUUUUUAAAUCGUAUUAUAUUAAAUAUAUUUACAGGGAUCUUGCAUUCUCCUGUCAACAUUUCUUUCUUUUUAAAUUCUCUGUAGUUUUGAACGUUUUAAUUUUCCAAGUCUUUCUCCACUUCGUGCCCUCUUCUUAUCCAGCGCCAUGCCGCCGCUCUAUCUGGACUCUCAGGCGUACAGAGACGUAGCAUGGGAAAUGAUACAAGUGAGACGUCGUUGACAGUCUAGACAACUCUUUUAACUAUUACAAUUUUACACA